AUGAGGAUAACUUUGCCCUCAGCUCGCGUUCUGGGCAUCCCAGAGCUUUUGGCGCACAUAUUCUCGCUGUCGACUCGGCAGGCGAAUGCAGUACACGCUCGUGUUUGCAAAGAGUGGUCCGACGCCGCUCUGGACAUUCUGUGGCGGAGGGUUACCAACGUUGCCCAUCUGAUGCGACUGCUCUCACCGCUACAGGCGGAAUACGACGAGGACGGCGACGUUACAUGGUUUUUUGUCAAAGAAGGCGGAGAUAUCACGACGAGCGACUGGGCGCGGCUGAAGUCAUAUGCAAGGCGGGUUCGGACGCUCGUAGUCGAACACAGCGCAUCGACACUCCACAAGUCCGUUUUUGAAGAAAUCAAAAUUGGAAAUGGCGACUUCCUCGACUUGCUGCCUAAUCUGCAACGACUCGAAUGGUACAUCGAUCCAUACUAUUUCCAUCUUUUCACCGAUAAGAAAGUCACACAUCUUACGAUGCGCCUGGACCCUCAAGAUGCACUACAUAAAUGUGUGUUUGAGAUCAUCCAGGAUAUCCCAAAGUUCCUGCCACACCUGGAGUCCUUGACGCUUCAAUCACCAUCGCAUUACGAGCAUAUCUCCAACGACCUAUUGGAAACACAGCUCCCAGAGGUCGAAACACUGGACGACAUCCAUAAUGCAAUUGCCACAUCCUUACAAAGCCUUCCCUUGCUGUCGCACGUCUCGUUACCUAAAUGUUUUCUUGUCUCGAAGGUCGUUCAACAGCUGUCCACGCUGAACAAACUAACCUCGACGGAAACAUCUCUUCCGCUAUCGCCCUGCGAGGCAACGUUUCCCCUCGCCCUGGCCGCAGACAGUUUCAUCUCCAUGACACGGCUCAUCUUUUCUAUGACGUUUGCCAGAGCCACGGAGUGCUUUGUACAGAGCAACCACCCGCCAAAUAUCGUUCACCUCGAGCUUGUUUCCACCAUCAUCGAACCCGAGCGAGAUUAUGCGCGCCUUCUUGAGGUGCUUUCUGACAGUUAUCCUAGCCUCGAGGUGCUCGUUCUGGACUUCAAACAGCGGCGUGAAGUAGAUGUCGAACCCACGGUACAUACUGCGAUCACUUUCCGUAGCCUACGACCCAUUCUUUGCUGCUCCAAGCUCAAGACCCUGAUACUGCGCCACUACUUCCCUUUCAUACUAGAACAUGACGAUAUUCUCUCAAUCGCCAGGGCCCUUCAUUCCAUCGAGACGUUGCUGCUCAAUGAGAGUCCACACGCUCUGCUGAAACCGACGUUUCCGAUAGGGACUCUCCUGGUGUUCAGAACCCAUUGCCCACGGUUGAAGCGGCUUGGUCUCUACUUUGGCACAGGGACCAAGCAUAUACCCAUAACAGUUCCCGAAGGAUGUCUGUCCAAGAUAUCCAGCUUGAAAUUGGGCGCCUCUCGCGCGGACCCCUGCUUUGAUGUCGGCUGUUUCCUCAACGACGUUUGCCCGAAGGCGUUUCUAUCUUUUUCAAGCUACAGGAGUGGGAAGUAUCGUGGACUCGGCUCGAGGAUUUCCAAAGAAUGGAACACGGUGCUUGAGGAAAGAGAAAUAUGGAGGCUUGCAGACAUAUAUUCUGAGGAACAGAUGAAGACCAACAAUUUAGCUCACGUAGUUCCACCACGCCUUCGCCUCGAGAUACUGAAGGGGAAUUUUUACAAACAGGAGAAGGAGAAAAUAGCGCGAGAGAAAGAGCUAUUUCGGGAGCAGAUAUAUCAGGAAACCAUGGAUGAAGAGGGAGGAUGA